AGUAUAUCACUACGUUAAUGUUAUAUCUAUUAUCAACUUUCAACACAAGAAGUGUUUCGUAAUAUGUUUUCUUAUUGCUUCUGAUCUGAAAUGAAAUGAAGUUCUAGUAGAAGUAUUAAUUAAUAAAAUAUUGGUAAUUCCCUUGAUCAGUGAACAAUUAAUUACCGCUAUGGCAUUCGUCUAUCAAGGGGAUGCAGACUUGGAAUCAAAAGCAAAAAAAGCGGCUGAGCGUAUAUCUGAAAACAUGCAUAUUGUAGCAAAUGAGCCUUCACUAGCAUUAUACAGAUUGCAAGAACAUGUAAGAAAAGCCUUACCACCCAUGGUUGAACGAAGAGUUGAAGUCACAAAAUUGCAGCAUGAACUACAAGGCAGGUGCUAUGAUGUGGAGUAUGCUUUAAGUGCUGUAAAGUCAAUGGAUGGUGCAGCUACAAGCUUCAAAAACAUCCAGGAGAUGUUGAAACAGUCUAUAUUUUUAAAACAACAAUUAAAAUAUGAGGAGGCUAGGAGAAAUAAAAAAGAUACAAAUUCUGUUUAUAAGCGCCUCUCUGCUCACAUUGUGUUAGACCUUCCAGACCUUUCCGAAUUCUCUAUGAUCCGUGAAACAACAAAUAGAUUAGAGAACAUCAUGACUCAAGCUAGAGGCUCUAAUAAUGAGUUACAUAGGUCCCACACUACAUUACAUUAGAAUAAUAGGUAUUAUCAACUUAAUGAUUUGCACAUAUGUACUGAAUGAAUCAUUAAUCUAAAACAUAAUAUGAAGUAAUUCAAACAUUCUAAUCAUUUUUUUCCAAAGAGAGUUACAUU